UGAACGAUUGUAUUUGGAUUUUGAACGAAUCAAAAUGGAUGCUGGGUGUGAAUGAACUAUGUACUGAAAAACGAACAGCUUUUUAUCGAGUUGUGUCGUGGGCCCGAUUAUAAUCGGGAAUCCGGCGUUGCGGUUUUGUUUUGUAAUUGUUUAGAUAGUGACAAACCUGUAAAAGUGUUAUAAGUUAUAGGAUUGUUCGUAAUAAUAGUACAAAUUGGCAAUCACCGUGUCGGUAAUGUGUUUAUACGAAUCUUCGUCCGAUACCUAUCAGACGAGCUUCCCGCAGGUGGCCCUAUUAGGAUGAGGACUUUGACGGAAAUACUAAGUGUCGAUCUGAUUCCACGACUUGUUACCGAGGAGCCAUUCGCAGUGCAAAGAGCGACAUGGCGAUUAUGUUUCACAUAAAGUGUUGCUCGUGUGUAGCGUAGAGCGCUCAGAAAUGAAAUGCAUAUACAGGGAGGAACGGACACAACUCUGACAACAUGUACCAAAAUGACAGAAGAAGUAGACAGAAGACAUGGUGUGAAUGGUAACAGCAGUAGCAAAGUGAGCGAGGAUGUUUCUGGUCCCAAUUCUACUCUCGCUGCAACUGGUGGAAGGCUUAAGUUCUUCAAAGAUGGCAAGUUCAUCCUGGAGUUGGUGCGCGGGAGCGCGCGUGAGGGUGAGCGCGCGGGUUGGGUGUCAGUACCGCGCAAGACAUUCUGGCCGCCCGCCGCCGCACCCGCCACGCCGCCUGCGCCCCCGCCCUGCGCCUCGCUCUCCGUCUCCGACGACAACAGCUCCGUGCAGUCCUCGCCCUGGCAGCGCGACCACUGCUGGAAGCAGGCCGCGCCGAGACGUAACGUAUCCAAAGAGCUAGCCAUGUACUACUGCAGGCCAGCCACCCUGCCCAACUCCGCCAUCGACGCGCCCGCUCGCCUCAAACGUCGCCGCCCCUACGACACCAGCCACCUCGACGCCGCGGCGUUUCUAAACGGCAACGCGCGCAAAGGCCCCCUUAAUGGUGUCUGCGAUAAGAAACGCAACGGCGAGCUCGCCGAGCAAGAGACGAAGCUAUUUGGUGGCGAAGACGUCGUCGACGCGCCCUCAGAUUCCAAAACGAAAACAAACGUGGAAGAUGACAAGAGGACGGACUACGACCGCGAGAAAUAUUUCCACAUGAAACUCAAGAAACCAUAUCAGUAUCAUAAGUUAAGGGUGUACAAAAAGACGCGGCCUCCGAUGCGGCGCAAGUUGCUAAACGCGACCAUAGAUAAGCUCCGCGAGAAGACUUCCUCGUUGCCGGUGAUCGUGAACGCGAAGCUGGCGAAUUGCCGGCAGGAGCACAUGAUGGUGUCGCCGCGGAAACGUAUCCUACGGGAAAUGGAGCGCGUCAGCCUCGAGGACCAGGCGACUAAGCGACGCGCGAAGACGGUGCCGGCGCUCAGCACAGCCUCGUACCCGCCCUCAGCGGGACCCAGUCACGCCGCCAAACCGGAGCCGGCGCGACCGAACGGUACCGGUCCUCGCAAGGAAACGCCCUCCAAGAAUGUGUGCAGCUAUAGCAUUCACUCGUUACUAAAUCGGCCUGACGACAGUCCGUCGCGCCGCUCGCCGCAGUCGUACGCUCCGCUGUUGUCGGAGUCGCCGGGCGCGGCGCAGUCGGACGCGAGCGGCAGUCCAGACGGCUUCCGGUAUCGAUACGGCGCGCUCGGACUGAGUUCACCGGGACCGCCAACGCCGCCGGAGCUACGACACCCGCGUGCCCCCGCGGCGGCUGUUGCGGCGGGCGGAUACGCGCGAGCGUGGCCGGCGUACCGCGGCGGCGACGUAUACGCAUACCCCUACGGCUACGUGCCGCUGUACCGCGCCCCGCCGUUGUGGCUGCAGUACCCCCCGCACGCGCCCGGACCCUGGGCGCCGCUGCCGCACCCGCACCCUCUGCUCACCGACCACAUACCCAAGGACGAACACACCUCCGAUUUGCCGUUGAAUUUGUCGAAGCACUGAAGCAACUUAUCGAAGGCUCUCCAAGCCACGAGAAUCGUUUUUCCAUGGUGUGUGUGCUGUGAAUAUCGCAAUCCUGAACAAACACGUGCACAAACGCGAUACAUCUACGAGAAACUCUAACCUUAUAUCAUUGCAAUUGGAAGUGAGUUUUCGCAAGAUGUGUGUUACGUUGGUGACAGUGCGUGCGGGAGCAGUGUAUACGAGGACAGUUAUGCCGCGGUGUGCGCGGUCCCCGCACGUGUCUCGUGUUGUCAGACGUAGUCCUGUUAACAUUCCAUUGUCGCACUCAACCGAUUGGCGUCCAAAAUGUCCAAAAAUCGUAUCCCACCUAACCCGACCUUCGGUGCCACCACCGCGGCUAAUUUUAAUUAUUACUAGCUGUAAUAUCUUUUGCGUACCGGCAACUAAAAGUAAAGAUCAAUAUUUUUGUAUGAAACGUAAUUUUUCUGGCGGAUCUGAUAGUCUUGAAGCCUAUUUACAAAAUAAAAAUUAUAUACUGAAAUAAAACUAUUUUAGUAUUGAUGUAUGUACGCAGAGUCAAGUGUGUAUUUUCGUACGAUUUAUUUGUACCGCAAGUUGAAUAUUUUAAUAUUGGCUAUUAUUUUAGGAUAAGAUGAUGAAUCUGAAUAAACAAAACAGUUAUCGAUUGUUAGCAAACAGUGCCUUGUUACAAAUGAAGAUAUUAUAUGAACAUAUUUAUGAAUGAGAAAGUAUUAACUUGUAGGUCUAUAUUUAACUGUCUGCCUUCACUUCAGACUAAAUGUAAAUCGUCAGCUUCCGCGAUACCGCGCUGCCGUGUUAGUGUCCAGUGGCUGGCGCGCUCCGUUACGAACUCGUCAAAUUAUCUAUAUGACUAUGUUCGAUCUCAUUAUUUAAUUUAGAAAAUAAAACGAGGUUAAAGACUACAGUUUUGGGAUCAAAUUUGGAUGUGUGUCAAUGUAACAUGUAUAUUAAAAUAAAAAGACAUUGUAUAUAAUUUGUGAAUGGUGUAAUAUUGAGAGAGGCCGGGCGUUAGAUUCUAUCAGAGCAUGAACCGCUUACGAUAUAUCGGUACGAGUUUAUUACCUACAUAUAAUAAUUAUUGUAAUUUGUACAGUAUUUUUGUAUUGAGUAUUUUACGGCGAUUAUGACUAUCGGUGUUUUGUGUCGUGUCGUGUCGUGGGAGUGCGCGGCGUGCCGUGUCGUGUCGCGAGACAAGUGCGUCGCGACGGCUUUGAGAUUAAAACUUAGAGCUAGUUUACUGCAAUGUUAGUUGAAGUGUGGGGGCUUUAUUAUAAGAACAGGUAAACGACGGUAAGGGACUGACUUUUGAAAUAACAUUAUCGUUAAUGGAAUUGUAUAAAAUAGUUUUUUAAUCGGAGGCCUACUCUAACAAACCAUAUAGUCCGCCAACAAAGUUGACUUAGUGUAAAUGUAGCCUUAAAACAUUCUGCUCAAUUUAACUC